CGGUGCUCUUUUGCUCAGGUCUGGUCUGCACGAGAAGGGAAACUAAUCGAGCAGGAUCAUUGCGCGGCAGAGCGGCGGGCUGAGAGAGAGAGAGAUGUUCAGAAACCAGUAUGAUAAUGAUGUGACGGUGUGGAGUCCUCAGGGGCGAAUCCACCAGAUUGAGUACGCCAUGGAAGCAGUGAAGCAGGGCUCAGCUACUGUGGGGCUCAAAUCACGCACACAUGCCGUGCUGGUGGCACUGAAGAGGGCUCAGUCUGAGCUUGCUGCUCAUCAGAAGAAGAUCCUCCAUGUGGAUAAUCAUAUCGGUAUUUCCAUCGCUGGACUAACUGCAGACGCUCGACUGCUCUGUAACUUCAUGCGCCAGGAGUGUCUGGAUUCCAGGUUUGUGUUUGAUCGUCCACUGCCUGUGUCUCGUCUCGUCUCACUUAUCGGGAGCAAAACUCAGAUUCCCACACAGCGUUACGGGAGGAGACCAUACGGAGUCGGCCUUCUGAUCGCAGGCUACGAUGAUAUUGGUCCUCAUAUAUUUCAGACUUGUCCAUCUGCAAACUACUUUGACUGUAAGGCCAUGUCCAUCGGAGCACGCUCACAAUCUGCACGCACUUACCUGGAGAGACACAUGGAGAACUUCUCCACCUGUAAUCUGAACGAGCUUGUGCAGCACGGCCUGUGUGCUCUUAGAGAGACUCUCCCUGCUGAACAGGACCUCACCACCAAGAACGUGUCGAUUGGGAUUGUGGGUAAAGAUCUGGAGUUUACUAUCUAUGACGAUGAUGAUGUGGCUCCAUUCCUCGAGGGAUUAGAGGAGAGACCUCAGAGGAAGCUUGUCCAGCCAGCUGAUGACGUGGCUCCGUCUGCCUCUGAUGAGCCAAUGGAACACUGAGGAACUGAUUCAUUCAUCUUUAUGUAACACUGAUGUAGUGAGAUGCGGAGUUCAUUUGAAUGAAUUCCACUGUUUGUUUUCUAUCUGUACUGAGAUCAGUCCAAUAAAACACAUUUACAACA